CGGUGUCGACAACAGGUCAGAAACCUCUUGAUGAAACCGCUAUGCAAGGAGCAAAGUAUACCAACUGUUAACGGAAGUCUUCCCGGUCCGACGAUUAAUGUUAGAGAAGGUGACACUCUUAUUGUUCAUGUCAUCAACAACUCCACUUACAAUAUAACCAUCCACUGGCAUGGAGUGUUUCAGUUGAAAAGCUCAUGGAUGGAUGGUGUGGGUAUGAUAACUCAAUGUCCGAUUCAACCAAAUAACAACUUCACAUAUCAAUUCGAUAUCACUGGACAAGAAGGUACAUUGUUAUGGCAUGCUCACGUCCUGAAUUUACGUGCCACUCUUCAUGGUGCGCUAAUCAUCCGUCCCCGAUCCCACCGUCCUUACCCCUUUCCUAAACCCUACAAGGAAGUUCCUCUCAUUUUUGGACAAUGGUGGAACAUAGAUGUUGAUCGUCUCGAAUUACGGCCAACUCCGGUCUGCGAUGGUUACCUCAUCAAUGGCCUUGCCGGGGAUUCAUAUCCUUGCUCUAAGAACAGGAUGUUUAAACUAAAGGUAGUACAAGGAAAAACAUACAUGCUCAGGAUUAUAAACGCAGCGCUCAACAGUCCCCUUUUCUUCAAAAUAGCAAAUCAUAGCGUGACAGUUGUUGCUAUGGACGCUGUCUAUACGACGCCUUAUGUCAGCGAUGUCAUGAUCUUAAUGCCGGGACAAACCAUCGAUGCACUUUUCAAAGCGGAUCAGCCCACCGGAUUGUACUACAUGGCCAUAAUCCCUUACAUUACUGCCCCGGGAUUACCGUUCCCUGCUCAAGUCACUAGAGGCCUAAUCAUCUACGAGGGGGCCUCAUCAUCCUCAUCCCCGAAGAUGCCCUUGAUGCCGGAACUGAAUGACACACCCACUGCUCAUAGGUUCUCCUCGAACAUUACUAGCCUAGUGGGUGGACCACAUUGGGUACCAAUGCCACGUCAAGUGGACGAGAAGAUGUUUAUAACGGUGGGGUUAGGAGCAGAGCCAUGCCCUUUGGGCGCUAAAUGUCCUAGCAAAUUAGGACUACAGUUUGCUGGCUCUCUCAACAACCAUACAUUUAUGUAUCCAGAAACAAUAUCUCUACAAGAGGCUUAUUUCUACAACAUCACUGGAGUCUACACGGACGAUUUUCCCGACCAACCGCCGCUCAAAUUUGAGUACACAAAUUUCAAAAUCCGUACCGAUUCUGAUUACAAGAUGAUCUUUCCGGAGAAAAAGACUAGCGUCAAGAAACUUAGAUUUAAUUCCACCGUUGAGAUCGUUUUGCAGAACACGGGGAUAAUCACCACCGAGAACCACCCCAUGCAUCUUCACGGCUUCAACUUCUAUGUGUUAGGUUAUGGAUUCGGUAACUAUGAUCCAAUCCGCGAUUCAAGAAAGCUAAAUCUAGUUAACCCGCAAAUGCACAAUGUCGUUGGCGUGCCAUCGGGUGGAUGGGUUGUCCUCAGAUUCAUCGCUAAUAACCCUGGUGUAUGGUUGUUCCAUUGUCACAUGGAGGCACAUUUACAGUACGGAAUUAUUAUGGCUUUCAUAGUUCAAAAUGGGCCAACUCAGGAUACGAGCUUGCUACCUCCGCCGUCGAAUCUUCCACAAUGCACUCGGGAUCCGAGGAUCUAUGAAUCUCCGACGACUAACAUUGAUUUGUUUUCCUAGCUAGAAGUAGCUAGCUAGGUUCUUUCUUGCCCUUUUUUGGUGUAAUUUUACCAUUUAUGGAAAUAAGCGAAACAGUUUGUU